AUGUCUUACGAUAAAGAGAAACAAGUAGCUACUGCAGCGUGUUUAAAAGCGGCAAAACUAUGUGAAAAAGUUCGAAAGACAUUGUCGGAUGUUAAGUCAAUGUUAAAAGAUGACAAAAGUCCUGUGACUAUUGCUGAUUACGGAUCACAAGCAUUAAUCUGUCAUGGAUUAAAGGAAAAUUUUCCCGAUGAUCCUAUUAUUGCGGAAGAAAAUGCGGGAGAUAUAAAAGAGAUGAGCGAACAACGUCGAUUGAUUACUCAUUAUGUUCAACAGCAGUGCAAAGAUAAAAUUAGUGAUGAAGAUGUAUUAAGAUGGAUUGAUUAUGGUCGUGGAAAUAUUGCUCAUCGUUAUUGGACACUAGAUCCGAUCGAUGGAACAAAAGGCUAUCUACGUGGUGAUCAGUAUGCAAUUGCGUUAGCACUAGUUAUUGGUGGCCAAAUAGUGCUAGGCAUUAUUGCAUGUCCUGCACUCGAUGAAGGUAUGAUAUUUUGGGCUGUACGAAAUCACGGUGCGUAUCGUCAAGACAUUGAACAACAAACAUAUCCAGUACGAAUUAAAACGAUUCAAAAUGAUUUUGAUCGGAGUCAACUGCAGUAUGUUGAAAGUAUCGAAAAUACUCUUUGUGAUCAUGAAAAACAAGACAAGGUUGCGCAGCUCCUCGGAAUAAGCACACCGUCGAUUCGUCUCGAUUCAAUGACAAAGUAUUGUCUUGUGGCUAGCGGCAAAGUUGGUCUUUAUCUUCGAUUUCCGUCGCCAAAUAAAGUUGAUUACCGUGAAAAUAUAUGGGACCAUGCUGCAGGCGUGAUUGUGGUGGAAGAAAGCGGAGGAUAUGUAACCGACAUGGACGGGAAAGAAUUAAAUUUUCACGACAAUAUAAAGAUGCUGAAUAAUCGUGGAGUCAUUGUUAGUAACAACAUAACAAUACAUCAACAACUACUACAUGUAAUCAAACAAUAUGAGCAAAGCAAAAGAGAGUCAAGUGUUGAUUAA